AUCGUUCUUGUUUGUUUGGUUCUUUCGUUAGCACAUAUAUGGCGUCAGCAUUGAAUCAUGAGAUUCCACCAGCAAAUCGAAAUCCGAACUCUUUCAUAUGUCUUCUAAUGCUUGAUUCUUGAGCCGGCAGUCCCUAUGUGCCGGCAACCCCCUUUUGGAGUCCUCUUCCAAAGUUCUAAGCUUUUAUAGCGCUUCUGCGAUCAAUUGGGUCGAGAAUUCCAAGGCCAUGGACUCCCACGACGAAGAAUCGCCAUUGGUUGUCGAUAAUUCGCCGGGCAAAACUCCAGAGCAGAACCAUGCUAAAGACGUUCAUAUUCUCAGCUCUGCCUUCCUCUUGAUCUUUCUUGCCUAUGGAGCUGUUCAGAACUUGGAAAGUACCCUCAACACCGAACAGGAUUUGGGUACGACUUCGCUUGGGAUAUUGUAUUUGUCUUUCACAUUUUUCUCAUUAGUGGCCUCUGUGGUGGUUCGGGGACUGGGGUCAAAGAAUGCUUUGGUUCUUGGGACUACUGGUUAUUGGUUGUUCAUAGCUGCGAACUUGAAGCCGACAUGGUAUACAAUGGUUCCAGCUUCUUUGUAUCUUGGCUUUGCUGCUUCAAUUAUAUGGGUUGGGCAGGGUACAUAUCUCACUUCCACUGCCCGCAGUCAUGCAAGAGAUUACAAUGUCCAUGAAGGAACGGUAAUUGGUAACUUUAAUGGAGAAUUUUGGGGAAUGUUUGCAAGUCACCAGUUCAUUGGAAAUCUUAUCUCACUUGCAGUCUUGGGAGAUGGAACGGAGGGAAGUACCAGUAACACAACUUUGUUGUAUGUUGUGUUCCUUGGCAGUAUGACCUUAGGUACCAUACUUAUGUGCUUCUUAACAAAAAGGAAUCAUAAUGGAGAGGAUGGGUCACCAGAUCAUUCUGUCGGCUUGUAUUCUACUGUGGUUUCUCUUUUAAAGUCAGUAGUCAGUCUUUUGUCUGAUGUAAGGAUGCUAUUGAUCAUCCCUCUUAUUGCAUAUUCAGGACUACAACAAGCAUUUGUAUGGGCUGAGUUUACCAAGGAAAUUGUAACUCCGGCACUCGGUGUGUCUGGUGUGGGUGGUGCAAUGGCGGUGUACGGUGCUUUUGAUGCAAUAUGUUCGCUGACAGCUGGUCGACUUACUUCUGGUCUCACAUCGAUCACUUUGAUAGUUUCUGGUGGAGCUGUUAUUCAGGCUAUUGUAUUCCUCUGGAUUCUGCUAAUAUACAGGUUAACUAGUGGAGUACUUGGCAUUAUGUACCCACUUCUCAUGGCUGCCAUAUUGGGCAUUGGUGAUGGAGUAUUUAAUACGCAGCUUAAUGCUUUGCUUGGGAUACUGUUCAAGCACGAUAUGGAAGGAGCAUUUGCACAACUCAAGGUGUGGCAGAGUGCAUCCACUGCAGUUGUUUUUUUCCUGAGUCCGUACAUCUCAUUGAAGGUAAUGCUGCUGGUUAUGCUUGCUGCACUCGGCCUCUCGUAUUCGGGGUUUCUGUUAUUAACUCUCAAGGUAGAGAAAGCGUUCUCCUCCGGUUCUUGAAACCAAUGUUGCUCAGAAUGAUCGUUCUCUGUCAUAUAUAUAUGCCAAUGUGCUCUGUUGGAAGUGCCUGUAAUAUAUAUCUUAGCACAAACUAUUUUUGUGAAAUGUGCAUAUGCUUCAAGGCAAUAAAAAGUUUUGCAGCAUUAUAUGCACAAGUGCCUUGUUUCAUAAUGACUUUAGGGUGAAAUUACACCAA